AGUUGAUAUAAUUAAUUUUUCUUAAAAUACCAAUAUUAAAUAAAUAACUUUCAAAAAUAUACAAAUAUAAAUAUAUCUAUAUAAAAAAAAGUUAUUUUGUAACACCACUUUUUAUUAAAAAAACAUAAUAUUUCUUUUUUUAAUAAAAACCACACACAAAAAAACAUAUUAUUUCAAAAGACACAUAUAACAUAUAAAUUCAAAAAUGAUUAGAUCAUCACAAAUUGCUCUUUCUUUAUUAAAUUCACAUCAUUCAUCAAAAGUUUUCCAACCUGUUAGUCUUGUACUCCAUGGUAAUCAAUAUCUUAAAGAUCUUUCAUCAAAUAAUUUAAAAAAUGAUAUUGCAAAAAAAUCAUUAGAAUCAAUGAAUAUUUCAUUUAAUGAAAACAACAAUAAUAUUAUUAUUAAUGCAAAGGAUUGGAUUGAUGGAUUACAUAAUAAGGGUAUGGGUAGUCUUUCAUUAAGCAGAAGUAUUAAAAGAGGCAAAUCAUGUUGUAGCAAGAAUAAGCUCUCAUCAUCAACAACCACACAAUUACCAACAGAUGCCACAGAGACAGAAUUUGUAAUUGUUUCAUCACCAUUAGUUGAUGAAUAUGGCGAUUUUAGUAUUGAUAGAAAUAAUCAACACUCUGUUCAAGCAUGGCAAUUUACAAAGAACGAUUUUAAUGAAACUUUACCAAGAUUAUCACCAUCACAAAUUAGAAAUCAAAAAGAAAUGGAAGAGUUUUUAAUUUGGCGUAAGAUUGCUUUAGGUGAUAUUAGAGAAAGAAUAAGAGAAGCCGUCGAAAGAAUGAGAGAUUUUACAAUUUUAAAUUUCCACAGCAUGGAUUUAUCAGAAUCACAAAAAUCAACAUUUUUAAAUAAUCUUACCGAAGCAGAAAAAUUCAUUCAUAUGGAUGUUAUGGUUUCAACCAAAAAGGAUAUGGAUAAACUUUAUGACUAUUUAAAUUUACCAAGAGAAUAUGCUUCAUCUGCCCAAUCAAGAGUUGCUUUACAAAUUUUAAACGCCGCCAUGAGUGCUUAUAUUUUUGACUCGCCAACUAAAAUUUCAGAUCCAAAAUUAAAUGAGGACUUUAAAAAAUUAACAAAGGAGUUAUACGAAUCAGUUCUUGAUUCUGUAAUUUGUUCAACUAAUUAUAUUGAAUAAAAAUAUAAAUUAUAUAGUUUUUUUAAAAUAU